AUGAAGAUGAAGAUGAUGAAGAAGAAGAAGAAGAAGAAGAAGAAGAAGAAGAAAAAGAAGAAGAAGAAGUGGGGUGCUCGGGAGAAGAAGGAAGAGAAAGCAGUGAACAGGAGGAGUGAAAGAGAGGAAGAGAGGAUUACGAUCGAUAGAGAGCUCUCUCUAUAUUAA